AUGGAGAGAGGUUUGGAGUCGGCGGCCGUGAGGCGGUUCCGCGGUGGAGGGGAGCGGGAGCAGCGGAGGGGGUCCCCCGCGGGCCAGGAAGCGGACGGGGAGCUGCGCCCGUCGCUGCUGGGCCCGGUCUCCGGGAAUGGGCCGCGGAAGCCGAGCGGCGGCGGCGGCGGCGCGAGGACCCUGCUGCCCGAGGCGCGCGCGGCGCUGGGGCUCGUGCUCUACCUGCUCGCGCUGCGGGCGCUCGUGCAGCUGUCGCUGCAACAGCUCCUGCUGCUCCGGGGCUCGGGGCCCCGCGAGUUCAGCGCGCUCCGCGCCAGGGAAUAUCUUGAACAUAUCACUUCCAUUGGCCCCAGGACUACCGGAAGUCCAGAAAAUGAAAUUCUCACAGUUAACUACCUCUUAGAACAAAUCAAACUGAUUGAAAUUGAAAGCAGCCGCAACCAUAAGAUUUCCGUAGAUGUGCAGCACCCAACGGGCUCCUUCAGCAUUGACUUCUUGGGAGGCUUUACGAGCUACUACGAUAACAUAACCAACAUCGUAGUGAAGCUGGAGCCGAGAAACGGAGCUAAGCACGCGGUGUUAUCCAAUUGCCAUUUUGAUUCCGUAGCAAACUCUCCAGGUGCUAGUGACGAUGCAGUUAGCUGUUCAGUGAUGCUUGAAGUUCUAAGAGUCUUGUCAACAUCAUCAGAUCCCUUACAGCAUGCUGUCAUAUUUCUUUUUAAUGGCGCUGAAGAAAACGUCUUACAGGCCAGUCAUGGCUUCAUUACUCAGCACCACUGGGCCAACUUGAUUCGGGCAUUUAUUAACUUGGAGGCAGCAGGAGUAGGAGGAAAAGAACUUGUAUUUCAAACAGGUCCUGAAAAUCCCUGGUUGGUCCAGGCUUAUGUCCUAACAGCCAAACACCCUUUUGCCUCCGUGGUUGCUCAGGAGGUGUUUCAGAGUGGAAUUAUUCCUUCGGAUACAGAUUUCCGUAUCUACAGGGAUUUUGGUAACAUUCCAGGGAUAGACUUGGCUUUUAUUGAGAAUGGCUACAUUUACCAUACCAAGUAUGACACUCCAGACAGAAUUUUAACAGAUUCAAUUCAAAGAGCAGGUGACAACAUUUUAGCUGUGCUUAAAUAUUUAGCUACAUCUGACAAGUUGGCCUCUUCCUUUGAAUAUCGACAUGGAAACAUGGUCUUCUUUGAUGUAUUUGGUCUGUUUGUUGUGGCCUAUCCAGCUCGCGUAGGCACGAUAAUUAACCUCAUGGUAGUAAUUGCUGCUAUCUUCUACUUGGGCAAAAAGUUUUUGCAGCCUAGGCAUAAGGCUGCCAACUACAUGAGGGACCUCUUCGGUGGACUUGGCAUCACAAUAAUAAGCUGGCUCACCAGCUUAGUGACUGUCCUCAUGCUAGCAGUUUUCAUUUCUCUUACUGGACAGUCUCUUUCAUGGUACAACCAUUUUUAUGUCUCAGUCUGUCUCUAUGGAACCGCAGCUGUGGCAAAGAUAAUAUUUGUCCACACUCUUGCAAAAAAAUUCUAUUAUGUGAAUGCAAGUGAACAGUACCUGGGAGAAGUAUUUUUUGAUGUCUCGCUGUUGGUGCACUGUAGUUCCCUUAUUCUAUUCACUUAUCAAGGACUGUGCUCUGCAUUUAUUAUUGCUAUCUGGGUGGCGUUUCCCUUGCUCACAAAACUCGUGGUCCACAAGGAAUUCAAACAGAAUGGGGCCUCGGGACGGUAUAUCAUGAUUUAUUUUUUGGGGAUGUUUAUUCCAUAUCUUUAUUCGAUGUACCUCAUCUGGGCAGUAUUUGAAAUGUUCACACCUAUCUUGGGGCGAAGUGGUUCAGAAAUUCCACCUGAUGUUGUGCUGGCAUCCAUUCUGGCUGGUUGUUCAAUGAUUCUGUCAUCUUAUUUUAUAAACUUCAUCUACCUUGCCAAAAGCACAAAGACGACAAUGUUAAGUUUGGCCUCAGUGUGCGCAAUUACAUUCCUUCUUGUUUGCAGUGGCACUUUCUUUCCCUACAGCUCUGAUCCUGCCAAUCCAAAGCCCAAGAGAGUCUUUCUCCAGCACACGACCAGAACUUUUCAUGACCUGGAUGGUAAAGUAGUGAAAAGAGACUCUGGAAUAUGGGUUAAUGGGUUCGAUUAUACUGGAAUAUCUCACAUCACACCUCAUAUUCCAGAAAUUAAUGAAACCAUCCGAGCUCAGUGUGAGGAGUCAGCUCCCCUCUGUGGUUUUCCUUGGUAUCUUCCAGUCCACUUCCUUAUCAGGAGAAACUGGUAUCUGCCUGCUCCGGAGAUUUCUCCCAAGAACCCUACCCGCUUCAGACUUGUGUCCAAAGAAGAAACCCCCUGGGAUUCUGCCAAGUUAACCUUUGAGGUGACAGGUCCUAGUCACAUGUCAUUCUAUGUUCGAGCCCACGAAGGGUCGACGCUAAUCCGGUGGUCUCUUGGCAAUGGUAUACCAGUGACCAGUAAAGGAGGGGAUUACUUUGUGUUUUACUCCCACGGGCUGCAGGCUUCUGCGUGGCAAUUCUGGAUCGAAGUGCAGGCUUCAGCAGAACAUCCUGAUGGAAUGGUCACCGUGGCCAUAGCUGCCCACUACAUGUCUGGAGAAGAUAAGCGGUCACCCCAGCUGGAGGUCUUAAAGAAGAAGUUCCCUGAUUGGAUAUUUCCCUCCGGCUGGGUCUGCACCUAUGACCUCUUUGUCUUUUAGUCCGGCAGUAUCUGUUCUAAGCAAGUAGGCAGCACAGUACUUUGCGUAACAUGGCACAACAGUCGUAUUGCACAAAGUAUUGUCACCCAAGCAGGUCUAUUUUCACAAGCUUUGAUCAAAGCGUUUCACCAGGCGCACUAUGUUUUGAGGAAGAUGUCAAAGCUGGACCCUCCAAAGGGUGGAGAAGUGAGGGUUGGGGAAAAGAGGUGUGGUCUCUUUCCCCUUCCCCACCCCCCAAAAACCAUGGCCAUAAGGUUAUGCUACUUUCUCCUCUUGAUACAAAGACAUCGUGGCUAUCCCAGGAGAAAGCUUUCAAUGCAGUACACUGGCUUGUAAGCCUAUUUCCCAGGUAGUCACAAGGUGAUAGUGAAGGAAAAGCCAUUUCUGGAUUAAGCAUCAGAGUGUGCGACAUGUUCAUCAUUGCCAGUAGGAAAUCUGAAGGGAGUAAUUCCCAUCCAGACUUAAUGUUGCUCUCCCUCUCCAGAUUGGGAAUAUGUAUGCAUGAGGAGAAUGAACCUGGAGAGUGCCCUAAGGAUCACUGGACUUGAAAGGUUUUCAAGCUUUAGAAAUGCCAUACAUAUUACUUACUACCCUUUUGGACCUGGGUGUUGGUUCACCUGGCCUGGUGGCCCGCAUUUUCUCCUCAAAAUCUCGGCAUCACCUUUUGGAUCUACUAGUCUUGGGGUGGUUGGGGGAGGGGAGGAGUCUCUCCCACACUUUCCCAAUCUUUUUGGCUUCUAGUGUUGGCAGCACCGGGUCCACCUGCUUGGAAGAGAUGCAGGAACACACAUGCCCACCUGCAUCCAUGCACUGAGCCAGCAUUGGCCUUCAUGGGAUGUGGUCGUGAGUUUUGUAGAUAUUUAUUCCAAUUUCUGUUUUGUUAGAUGCCACUAUUCUUCUGGGUCAUUUCUGUAUUUUGUAGAUAGUCUUCUAUUUAUAUAAAAUAGCACUGGGCUCUGA